AUGUUCAAGCACUCGCCGCGUAGGAACAACAGAAACAAAGGGAUAAAGGUGAAGCAUGUGCUCCAAAUAGGCCUCCUGCUUGGGAUCUGCUUCUGGCUGCUUUACCAGGUCCAGCAGUCGCACAACAAAAAGGUGGACAACCCGAGAAUCUUGACAAAGCUAGAGAACGAGCCGAACGGCAUCAAGCUCGGGAGAAAGGAUCUCAAUCCCAAGACUGAAAUCAAUGAGGAGGAUGAGAAGGAGAAAGAGGUGGACCAAAAUGUGCAUUUUGAUGAUGAGAACAAGCCAGGCGAGCGGUGGCAAGAGCAAGAGAAGACGGAUGAGAGAGAAAACGCGGUGAGAGAAGAUGAAGGGAGUAAGGCAGCGAAUGAGGAGAGGACAGAUGGCGAGGAGAAGGAAAGUAAUGAAGGGAGUAAGGAAGAGGAAGGUGGAGACAGAGUCGAGGAGAUUAGUGAAAAUGGAGAUGCGAAUAAUGAAGGAGACAGCUCGGAGAGUAAAAUUGAGGAGACAACGGGUGAGAACGAGAGCACGGAGAAUAAAGUUGAGGAGACAACGGGUGAACACGAGAUUACAGAGGAUAAUGUCGGAGAGGACAAGGAUCAAGAGAUCAUUGAAAACAAGAGGGAAGAAGUUGCGAGAGAUAAUGAGGGAACAGAGAGCAAGACUGAAGAAAUUGCAGAGAACAAGAAUGAAGAAAGUACGGGAGAAAAUGUGGGUGCUGGGAACAGUAAUGAAGAAACUGGGGAAAACAAGAAUGAGGAAACUACGGGAGAAACUGUGAGAAAUGAGAGCAAAAACGAAGAAAUUGGUGAAAACAAGAAUGAAGAUACUACUGGAGAAAAUGUGGGGCAGGAGAACAGAAAUGAAGAAAUUGCAGAGAACAAAAAUGGAGAAAGUGUGGAAGGAAGUGAGAGCAAGCAGAACAACGAGGAAAUGACAGAAAAUAAGAAUGAAAAAACAAAAGGAGACGGUGAGAACACGGAGACCAAGAAUGAGGAAAUUAAAGGAGAGAGCGAUAAUAUGCAGAACAGAAGUGAGGAAAAUAGAGGAGAGAACGAGAGCAAAGAAAGCAAAGGUGAUGGAGGAAAAAGUGAAGAAAUGGCUGCAGGAGAGAAUGAGAAUAAAACUUCAGAGAAAACGGAAGGAAAUGGGAAUGAAGAGAACGAAAAUAAAGAAUACUCCAAGGACAACGAGAAUAAAGAGAACCAGAGUGAAGCUUCACAGCCGAACCUUACAGAAGGCGAGGGAGAGAAAAACAAUGGCCAAGAAGAGACCAAAGAAGGUAAUGAAACCGCUCACGAGAAGAACCACCAAGUUGAGAAGCAGAAAGACGGUGCGGAUCAAAUUAGAAAUGAACAGACUAACGAGGGCACCAUGGAAGAGCAUGGUUCGGGUCAAAGUGUCGCCAAUGACUCGGUAGAAAAUUCUCAAAGUGAAAUGGAAACAGAGAAUGUUAGCUUGGCUACUUCAAAUGAGGAUGAGAAGUCAAGUAGGCAGAACGAGUCUAAUGAAAACAGCAUCCAUAAUUCAGAGUCGAUCAAUGAGAACGAGCACAAUCAUGAUUCUUCAGAUGAACCAAAUGGAGGUAAUGGCGAUUUCAGCCAAAGCCAAAACGAAAAAUCUGGAGAAGUUGAAAAGGAGAAGACAGAGAAAACCGGUACCAGUGAUGAGAAAGUGGAAGGAAAUUCGACUCCAACGACGAGUGAGAAUGUUGAGAACAAUCCGGAAACUUCAACUGAGAUAACAACCUCCUUUACAGACAGUAAUGGCAGUGAUGAUGUGGGCGGAACUCAGCCGGAAGUUUCUUCUUCCGAACAUGAACAGGUAGACUCAUCCACCUCACUUCCUCAAGAAGAGACGAACGCCCGUACAGACUUGGAUACUCUUCCAGAAGCGGGAAAGGAUGCUAACAGCCAUGAGGCAACUGCUUAA